AUAUGUGAGAAGUUUUAUAAGUCACUUCAUUAAUUGCAUCAUUUUUCCUGAUGGGUGAUUGUUGCAGCAAAGAUAAAGAUUACAGUGACACUGACCAGCUUGGACGAGCGAGAGGACAAGAGUUCAGUGACACUGCUAAUCAGGAACCGGAGAUGAUUAAAACCUACGGUCCAGUACACAGUGAUGCAGUGGUCAGUUUGGCAGCCAUUCAGUCUGGACUUUGUCUAUCGGGCAGUAAAGACAGGAGUGUAGCUUUGUACGAUUAUCACAAUCAUCGUCUGGAGGAGAAAUGGACAGGACAUGAAAGGGAGGUAACAAAGGUAUGUUAUGGACCAAACUGUGAAGGACAUUUCAGUGCGUCUCGCGACAAGUCAGUUCGGAUGUGGCGUCGUGGUAGUCCCUCACCUGUACAAACCUUUACUGGACAUGAUCUCGUAGUCACGGCUCUUCACAUCAGCAAUGAUAGUCGGUUACUGUGCACUGGGUCCAGAGAUAACACUGUACGUCUGUGGGAUGUCGAAAAAGGCGAAUGUCUCCUUGAAAACAAUAUCCAUCGUAAUUUGGUAACAGAUGUGAAGUUUAUACCCAAUUCAAACAAUCUGGUACAGACUGGAGAAGACAAACACAUCAGGAUUUUUGAAACCCAUAACCUGCUUGUAACACACACUUUUCCUAAGAAGCAGUAUAUACAGAUGUGUUGUGAUGUCAGCAGUGAUGGUAACUACUGCCUCACCUGUAGUAAUGGGUUUGGUGGCAAUGGCUGUGAAGCCACACUUUAUGACCUAAGAUCUAUGAAAAUAGUGCAUGAGUUUAAAGGUCAUAGGGAAGCCAUUGAGUCCUGCAUAUUCUUGCCAUUUAGUGGACGAAACCUAAUAGCUACUGCCUCAAGGGAUUGUUCUGUGCGGAUUUGGGACAGGGAUACCAAAGAGUGUGUCACAGACACUUCACUCAGUGGAUCUGGUCCUCUCACAUCUUUAAUAUGUUAUGAUGAUAGUAGUUUAUGUGUGUCCAGUUUCCAUAUGGGUAUAUAUGAACUCAAGUUUUCAUUAGCUAAUGAAGCACUCUGCCCAGUCGCCCGCUUCUGAGGUGGUCAGUGUUGGAAUUCUGCUGUAGUGCCUGUGUUACUCCGUCCUGUGCAUGUAAUCUGGAGUCUCAUUCAUUCUCCAAAACAAUGCCGUCCUCGCUGUGUUAUCUUUAGUCCAUAUUUGAUUUGAUCAGGAUGGGACAUAAUUUUUCUACUGUUUGGGUGGGGGAGGUUUAAGUGUAAUUCUAUGUCAAAUUGUUUUCCUUAAAAAAAAGACUACCCUGGUAUUUAAAGUACUUUUCACCUGUGAUAUGUCAAAUGUUUCAGCAGUCCAAGCUGUAGACAUGAUGUAAGAUUAUAGAUGUUGGUUAUACAUAAAUAUAACCUGAUGUUGCCCUUUACAAAAUUAAUGAAUGAAAAGACUUUUUUCUAUUCAUUUGUAAUAUAGCUUUUUUAUCCCGUUUUGGGAAGAAAAUUGAUCAAUUGGGAAAGAAAUUUUAGGAUUGAAUUGUAUACUUUGACCAUAUUUUGAAAUAAAAUUAAUUGGGAAUGGGGCCAAUAUUCAGCCCCACAAAACCCCCAGAAAAUAGUCCUGAUUUACCAAACUACCUCUGAGGGGAAAUGCACUUAUAAAAAUGUGAGGGUUUUUUUUUUUGGUUGAUGGUUGUAACACCAUUUUCUUGGUGUUAGUAUGAUAUACAUUCCGUGUUAUUUGAUAAUUUUAUAUGAAGUAUAUGAGAAGUGAGUAUUUAUUGGUAAGAAAUGUGAUAACACUAUAAAUGACUGGUUUUACCUGUGUGGUAUGUGUGUGAUUUGGAAUUGUAAUGAGUGUUUAUUGUUAAAAUUGUGUGGAUUUAUUUCAUUUGUUCAAUUUGGAAGAGGGGAUUAAACAUGAGAAUAACUUAGAAAGGCAUUCCAUAGAAUGUUAAGGACCAUAAGUUGUUACAACUUAGAAAUACUUUCUUAAGACUUUUAAUGACCACUGCCAUGGUAAAGUGCCAUAUAUGUGUCAUAGCAUGGUAAACCUCGGUAGGAUGUUGUCAUGUGUGUUCAUUUAAAUUUGAUAUUGUCAUUGUCAUAUCAACAUCCAACUUAUGGAGAUAUACUUUUGUGCUUGUAAUACAAUGAUAACAUUCUGAAUGGUUUUCAAAGCAUCUUCUGCAAGGUCAAUACAACAUCAUUAAUUACACAUUACAAUAUGGUGUUCUGGAUUUGUCUACAACAGUUCUGUCAUCUAUCAUAAUGAAUGAGUUUCUGGUAUGAUGGUCUGGAGUGAUGUAGAAUUAAUCCCAAGUGCAACAUUUUCUGUACAUAAUAUAGAAAUUUUUUUGUCAUGGCUAAUGAAGAAUUUAAUCUAUCUAGAGCUAAUAAUCUCAGUCAAAGUAAUAAUACAUGCCUUCAACAACAUUUGUUUACCUACUUGCAUGCAGAAAGGUUAUUCUAUCUCUUAUAACACUCAAGUAAAAUGUUUUCUUGUUAUCUUGACCCCUAUUUUUUUCAUUAUUUUUUUUAAGUUCCCAGACAAAGGUUAAUUUAUAUUCAUUGGUUGUAAUGUCAAAGAAACUGUUGUGUAAGAAUGAAAUUUUAGCCUUGUGUUAUUUGACUGAUACUGGUUUGUAAAUAUGACUUGAGUGUUGUCUGUUUCUACUAUUUUGUACUGUAUCUGCACAUUUUUCACCAUAGAUCUCUAUUUCAAGAAAAAGAGACUAAAAUGAAAAAAAAAGGAAGGGAACAUGAUUAUAAUAAUAAAUAUUUUUAUUUACUAUAUGGUAAUUUAGUGCAGUAAUAAGGCACGUUUACUUAGGUAACAGGUUAAAUUCCCUGAUCCAACAUUAAGAAGCAUGGAUUCACCCCAUAAUCAACCACUUGCUUUUUUGCAAGGUACUCUGACUUUUUUUCAUCCACUUCCUCCGAGCCAACAGCAAUAACUGAUAACGUGAUAUCAAUGGUUUCUCAGUUGCUGUAAAAACAUUCAUAGUUUACUUUGUAUAUACAUACACAUGUUUGACAAUUUUUUUAACACAGAUAAACCGAUAUAGCAUAAAACCAGUGAUUCAAAGCCAUGUUAAGCUUAAUCUAAUGAGAGAUUGUUAGGUAUUUAUGAUGUAGCAUUUCUGUCUCCAUGCUUUCAAAGUAUGAUCAAUAGAAAAUAUCAUUGAUCUCCUUUUGAAUACUACAUACAUGUAUCUUUCACUUGUGUAUCAAAAAACACUUUCACUUCUGCUUCAGAGAACAAAAAAAUAAUGGUCAUGAUUGUACUAUCAAUAUAAUUAGUAAUACUGGUAAGUAUAUGUGUGAUUUGUUAGAUAUACAGUGUGUUGAUAAAAACACAUGUAAGCUUACCAAAUAAAGAAAAUUUCAUUUAAAAAGACCUGAGGCAGGUUUACAGUAUAUUUGCUGUAUAUUUCUUUUAGUAUGGAAGAACAAUAUGUCUAAAGCAGUGAAUUUUCAAUAUAAUAGUUGUUUGU